AUGGGCGAGGUCUCCACGGCCCUCAUGUCUACUGACGGCAUCAACUUUGGGCCAGAGAGUCUAUAUGCAGACGUCGAACACAAGGUCAAGGAGAGAACUACGUGCCAUUUCAAGGUUUCCAUGACCCCCGAUACCUUCGCCAAGCAAGUUAUUCCUAAAGCCUUAGACAACAAUGGCCGCAGCUCCAUCUGGAAAGGUACCAAUGCCUUCAUUAUUUGGCUUCUCCACACCAUUGGGCCUCAGAAUGCCUUCGACUCGAUCAUCAAGAGCGGCGUGGGAUUUGACGAUAAGAGCCUCGUCAAGAAGCUCUACGAACGAGGCCAGCAACUCGCCAAGCAAAGCUGA